AUGUCGAAUCUGAUCCGACCACGAACGACAUGUCAUUCGCAAAGACCAUCGUUGACUGAUGAUGUUGAUGGAAAUGGAACGAAUUCGAAUCAGAAGCGUUUGCUUUCACGAAGUUUUACAUUUGAUAAUGGAGAGGUAAAACAACAAAACCGACAACAACGACAGGAAUCACCACAACCACAACAGCAACCUCGUUUAGUGAAAUCUAGCCUACCAUCGCCAAGUAUUUUCCAACAAAAAACACGUCUAAGUCGAAGUUUACUCAGUAAUGAUAACUGGCGAGAGGAGACCAUGGCAGAUGUUCGCGUCAACUCGAAAGUUAUCGAACAAAGUGAUCGAAAUAUUCUCUUUGGCAAAGGUAUUGAUCCUCUGCCACAUGUGCGAGAAAUACUCAAUGAACUGAGUAAUACGGAAGCGUUUCUCUAUGCUCGGCAAUGUCGUGUUGUCGUUGCUAAAUUACGUCUGUGUUGGAUUGAUGUUAAUGAAGAAAUCAAAUCACUAUUAAAACAUAAAGAAUAUACUGAAGCGUCCAUCGAACACAUUCGAAAAGAUUUGAUUAUCAACAAAGAAAGUGUCAGCCUUCGAAAGAAACCAAGACGAGAAUCGGAAUCCGAUGGUGUAGAUGAUAUCCUUGCUGCUGAGAAACAUCAUUUGUUACACUUGAAAAGAAUUUUAGAGUUUAAUUGUAAAAACAUCGUUGAACAAAUGCAGAAACUUGAUGAAGUUCGUCAUCGAAUAAGCAAAGUCGGCAAAGAACGAUCAGUUGUAACUGAACUCAUCUGUCAGUGUUUAACCAGUGCAUCACGCGCAUUUGAAGUCGCUCGUCAUGAGAAAGCAUACAAAUCUCAACAAUUUCAACGAGCGGCAACGAGCUGUGGUUUUCGUUCAUCACAAAAUAAUCUCAACGAUUCGCUCACAUCACCGGAAGCGACGUUACUUGACGAAAAUGGCUUUCCGAUUGUCGGUCCUUUAAACGCAUUUACACCUGAUGUUAUUCAAGUAUUUCAAGAAGCCGCAAAAUUAAUCGAUGAAUCAAAUGAAAUUAAACAACAAGCAAUGAGCCAAAUAAAACAUGCAUUUAACGAUGCCAAAGCUUAUUCUCUCACUGUCAAUCAAAGUGUUGCUCAAAAACUCGCGGAUAUCAUUACUUUAGCGCAACAUUUGACGAUUUCGCUUGGAGAGAAUGCUCUCGCUCAAAAUCGCGCGCAACGUUGGUAUGAUCUGACGAUGAGCGCCCAACGGUGCAACGCAGGUCCAAUUAGUUCAUCUGAUUACAAAAUUGCUGAACGUCUUGAUCGUCCAAUUAUGCGCACAUUUCAACGUCACCCCGGAAACCAAGUACCCGAAGCUCAAAUAGUAGCUAAAACGGCUGCUGAUCUCCAACGUGCCGCAGAAGAAACCAAACAACAAUUAAAAACAGUCAAAAUCGUUGGUAAACGAUUACAAGCGAAUUUGAUCGACAAAGAACGAGCUCUGGGUGUCGAUGCACAUCUUCUCCGUCGACGACGAGAACAAUCGGAUCAUAAAUGGGGUGUUAACAAAUAUGUACACGUUUAA